CAGUCUCCACCUAAAACACAAAAAAAGAUUUCUCAAACCACAUGGCGACACGAAACCAGUGUGUCAUUGGAAAAAAUUAAUUAUUCCUUAUCAUCUUUCCAAUUAACAUUUCCAUGCAUGAUUUCAAUCACAUACCUAACUUCGUAAUCGUAAAUUAGUACGCAGUAGAAAUUACUGAGAUUAAAACAAAAAAAAAUGUUAUGAACUACAAUGCUCGUGGUACUUUUAAUAUUAUUCACAAACGUUUUAUGUGAUAGUGAUGAAGACAAAUAUGUGGAUUUGUUGCCGGAUGCUGAGAAACAACAGUUCAUAGAGAAAGUGGCGAGAAGAAUACUCGAAGAUGUCGAAAGCAAGGAGAACAGAGCACAGAAGAGUACAGAACUAUCAGACGAGCAACUAAGAAAACACAACGAAUAUGUUAAAGCAAUAUUAAAAGAAGAAUCUGAAAAUAUAAGAAGGAGUAAAGGUGAAGGGACUAAAGUAAGAGCAGAAGAGAAAGAAGGAAAAGAAGCAUCAGAAGAGACAUUAGGUGUUAAGCCUUUGGAAAACGAGAAAAUAGCUGAUGAUCCAGAUUUGGAACAAGUAGAUUUAACGCUACGUAACGAUAGAAGAGAUAUUAAUCCUCUAGAUAAUUCUACUGAUUUUAUUAAAGUUGAGAUUAUAAGUGAUGAACCGCCAAUCAUUAAACGUUCAGUACGAAAUAAAUCAUUCAGUGAAUCGGAGAGUGAUGAAGCGACUACAUAUGCGUCGGAAACAACAACAGGUGGAACUGAGAUAUCAACUGUCCAAUCCGAAUUAACUGAUGCUACAACAAAGCUAGAUAACGGUACAUAUAGAAGUCACAGCAACGAAAACAUAAAUCCCAAGUCGGAAACUGAAAAUCCUGUAGAACCAAAAGCAAACUUAAGUGUUGCAGGAUUAGAUCAUACAGAUAAAACACAAAAUGAACUUACAGCUGCUGUAGAUACGGUCAAAAAUAAAGUAGAUUCCACCGAAUCCGAUGGCGAAGAUAUACUAGUAACCAAAAAAACAAGAAGAGCUGGAGAAAAUAAUACAACUGAAAAAACUAAUGGGAGUCUUAUCAAUGUCGAAACAGUACAUUUCGGUGCAAAAUUACCUGAAAAUGCAUCUUCGGAAAAUCAUAUCACAACCACUUCUGACGUGGAGGAAACAACAGUAACAACUGAAGCUCCAGACACCACAACGGAUAUGACGUCAACAACACAGGAUAUAGACGCAGCAACUGUGCUGUCAACAGCAACUGUAUUCAAUUUGCCAGACGAUAAGAAAAAUGAUAGUGGAGUAGAAAUGUUGUCAGACAACUCUCUACCUAGCACAUUGUCCGACGAAAGAACUACAGACUCUGUAAUAGAUACUACUACAUCAAAAACGGAUACUGAAACUCCAACCACAGACUAUAUUAUACAGACUAGAACUGAAUAUUUAACUGAUAGUCCUGUUUCAGCGGUCGCUACAACUGAAGGAAUGAAAAUCGAAGUCGAAGACUUCACUUCAGCUCCAAAAACUGAAAAAACAGUCAAAGAUCCAACCACAACGACUGAAAAAACAACAAAAUCUGAAACCAAUCUCAAAGUAACAUUUAAAAUAGAAAAAGUAUCUUCAGAAUCGACAGAAGCCACGACGAAAAAAACUAAAGAUAAAAACAAUGAAUCUACUAAGAAUAGUAAAAAACCAAUCAAGAAAGCAACAGCAAAGGAUUUAACGACAACGGUUAAACCAAAAUCAACUGUCAAAACAAAAGUUAAAAACAAUUUGAGUUAUGAUUUCAAACAAAUUAAAAGCGAUGAAGUCGACAGUGCCGAUAAGAACUUCAUUGAAUUAGAAAAAGUUUAUUACAAUAAGAUUAAAGGCAAAGGUACUAAGGAAUAUGAAGUUUAUGAAAUACCUCCGAAUAAACCUCCUUUCGUUCAAGUUGGUGAACCUGUGACUGAGCAGCCAUAUUACGUACCAGUGUAUAAUUAUUCGCCAAACAACGCUUAUUUCAACCCACAAAAUCGUCUAGGACCAAACGCUGACGAUGAUGAUACGCAAGUAAGCGCAUUUGGCGUCGAAGAAAACGUCAACAACUUUGUGUUAAAAGAAAAUAUUAAAGAAAUGUCGUCAGUAACAAACAAUGUAGAUAUGGAGUAUUCGGAAUCAGUAUUCCAAAACCAACGGAAGAAAUUCGGUAACAAGCAGAAAUUAUUUCACUCCAUCCACAAAAAGCCCGCUCAAAACGAUUCACCCGAACAAAAGCGAGGGAAAGUCAAUCUCGACGACUAUGUAGACUCUGACUAUUACUUUGGCCGAAUCAGAAAGGAUUCGGAAAAUAGUGACAAACACAAUCACCUUGAUCAAUUCCCAAAUUCUAAUGAAAAUGUACAUCCCUUUCAUAGCAUCCCAGAAAUGAAUUUGAAGGAUCACGUUCGAGCUGUCAGAAAUAUUCUGUUCCAACAAAAGUUUUUCGGCACAUCCCCUAAAGAAGAAUCAAGCGAAGUGAAAAAUAAACUGACUAAAACACCGGAACGUUUCGGAAGCCAUCCAUUUAGGAAGGGUGAAAACGAGCGGCGAGUGAGAAAUGACAAUAACAUCGCCAUAGACUACUAUUUCGGUCGAAUGAAGAAACCAACGAUGGUUGAAUUUACAAGUAAAAAAGAAAAAAGCGAACCGAGGCUCGAGCGAGUAGGUUACAUCAAAAAUGAAAACGACACAAAAGGACUAUUCAUGAUAGACCAAUUCUUCAAAGAUAACGUUAUCAAUUAUAUACAUGAACUUAAGAGCAAGGGUGAUACGUAUAUAAAAGCAGAUUUGUUGCCAGUAACACCUUUACCAAUAUUAGUAAGUGAUAAAAUACCAGUAGCCCACAAACCAACUGUAGAUUCAAAGUUCAGAAAUCUGGAGAAAGUACGAAAUGCUGAACUGAAUCAUAUAGCAAAUACACCUGAUGUGGAUACUAUAAAGAAAGUUAUAAAUGUGGCGAACGACCAAGAUCUGUUCACGAAAUUGAAAAAGUUGCAGCAGAGUAAAAUGAAUGAUAGAGAUAAGAAACAGGAUGAUACGAGAGUCAGUGCUUAUCUGACGGUUUUAAAAGACAUGUUGAAUGCUGAUAAUAUGGCGUUGAAGCAAUAUGAUUGGUUAGGUACGACUGUGGAUAUACAAGCGUCGUUCCAAAAGCUUUUCGAACUGGUAUCUGUAGUAUUCAACGGUGAAAGAAUACACCCAGCUGACUUAGAGAUAUUAAAAUACAUGAUAUUCCUACACAAACUAGGCAGAGAGAUUAUCGAAGCCAACGACCUUGGAAACCAGCUUCGCUACAACUAUGUCCUGCCGAAGAACAAGAGACAGAAGAAGAGGAUUAUAAAGGAGAAGGGAUUGUUAAACAGAGUCUGGCUUUAUCUAAGAAGAAAGGUUCCAGAAGUUCAUGAGACUGAAGUGCUGAAGAACUUCAAUGUUUUCCUCAUGGAUGUGGAAGAUAAUUUGUAUGAUUUACACGACGCGAUAAAAAGCAUAGCAAAAAUAACGAAAUACAGAAAUCAACACUGGUACCAGAAUUUAAAAGAAUUAUAUCUUAGUAAUGAUGAAAAACGUCUUCUGGAGUUAUUGCUACAUAUGUGUGUGUCAAGACUCUUCGGUUUGGUUGAAGAGAGCGCUAAGAACGGCAUGGAAGAUGAUUAUAUAGGUUACAUGAAGGAAAAUAAAGCAGAAGCUAAGAAAACACUUGAAGAAAUGCUAUUUGUCAUGCAAAUUGUGGAUGAGAUUAAACAUUUAGAAUAGAA